AUAGUGAAAUACACACUGGGUCACACUUCCAAGCUCUGAGCUGAGGAUCGAACUGAACUUGCCUCCUCCCUCAAGAUACACUUGCAAAAGGCUGGUCUUUUGGAUUCUUUUUUAUUUGUACCAAAAACAAAUCUCUCAGCACAAUGGCACCUAAAAAAGAUGUGAAGAAACCCGCUGCUGCUGCCCCAGCACCUGCUCCAGCACCUGCCCCAGAACCAGUAAAACCCAAAGAACCUGCUUUUGAUCUGUCCAGUGUCAAGAUCGAGUUCUCUCAAGAUCAACAGGAUGACUUCAAAGAAGCUUUCCUGCUGUUCGACAGGUCAGGCGACAGCAAAAUCUCAUAUGGUCAGGUUGCUGAUGUGAUGAGAGCUCUGGGCCAGAACCCCACAAAUGCUGAGGUCAAGAAAGUCCUUGGUAACCCCACUCCUGAGGAGAUGAACGCCAAGAAGAUCGAGUUUGAGCAGUUCCUGCCCAUGCUCCAGGCUGUUGCCAACAACAAGGACCAGGGUAGCUUUGAGGACUUCGUUGAGGGUCUGCGUGUCUUUGACAAGGAAGGCAAUGGCACAGUUAUGGGUGCUGAGCUUCGUCACGUACUGGCCACACUGGGUGAGAAGAUGAGGGAGGAGGAGGUAGAAGCCCUCCUGGCAGGUCAGGAAGAUUCCAAUGGUUGCAUCAACUACGAAGCCUUUGUGAAACACAUCAUGUCCGUCUAAACAUGUUUCAAGAUCUGUCUACAAAGUGUCUCAGAAGAACUGGAGACAUCCAUACCGUGCCAAGACCAGCAACUGGUUUUUACCAUCUAUACGGAAAUGUACUGUAUAAUACACACAAUUUUUAUUUUUAUUUUCCAUCAAUGGAAUUUUCCCAUUUUCUUCCAAGGCUCCACCAUUGUUUAAAGGAUGAUCUUACAGGACCUACUACAUCGGCAAAGCCAGCGGAGAGAUCAACACCUUUCAGGCAAAUAAUUUGCCUAGGAGCACUGUAAAAAAGUCACCACAAUAAAACCCCUUUGCUUAGUUGGUGGUAAUAAUGUCUUUCUUUUAUUUAUUCAAAGUUCUGGGCCAGUGUAUCGAAGAACACUGCACUUCUCACUACCAGAGACACCAGCAACCUAAUGUGAAUCUGGUCUCUUUGAUAGUAAAGGGAUUAAUUUAUUAUACUUCUGUAUUCCAUGCUGUCAAAACAAUAAAAUGUUAUUGAAAGAAA